AAAAAAAACUCAUUGAGAAUCUCUCUCCUAUAAAUUCAUUACAUAUUACAUAAAUCUUUCCUCAAGUAACCACAACAUCUCCUUCUUUUCUUCCUAAUAUCCAUAAUCCAACCAAAAAAAAAAAAAAUCAAGCAAUCUUGAUAGCAAAUGGAUCAAGAAGGUGCAUCGCAUAGUCCAUCCUCCACAUCCACCGAACCAGUCCGGGCACGUUGGUCACCUAAACCGGAGCAAAUCUUGAUACUUGAAUCUAUCUUCAACAGUGGUACUGUUAACCCACCAAAAGACGAAACGGUGAGGAUAAGAAAGAUGCUUGAGAAAUUCGGUGCAGUGGGAGACGCAAAUGUCUUCUACUGGUUUCAAAAUCGAAGGUCAAGAUCUCGCCGGAGACAGCGGCAGCUCCAAGCAGCCACCGCCGCUGCUGUCACCUCCAUAGGAGCUGAAGACCACCAGCACAUGACGGCCAUGAGCAUGCAUCAAUAUCCUUGCAGCAACAGCGAGAUUGGUUUGGGGUUUGGAAGUUAUAGUAACUCAUCAGCUAGUUACUUCCUUAAUGGAUCGUCUUCAUCGCAAGUCCCUUCCUUUUUCCUCGGACUCUCUUCUCCAAGUGGUGAGUAUGAGAGCAACAAUGGUAUGGAGAAUCUCUUCAAAAUGUAUGGCCACGAAUCUGAUCAUCAGCAGCAGCAUCACAGCUCAAAUGCUGCAUCAGUUUUAAACCCGUCUGUUCAAAACUCCAAUUUCCAAUACCAAGAAGGGUGUAUGACGGUGUUUAUAAACGGAGUUCCGACGGAAGUAACAAAAGGAGCAAUAGACAUGAAAGCAAUGUUCGGUGAAGAUUCGGUGUUACUUCAUUCCUCUGGUCUUCCUCUUCCCACUGAUGAGUUUGGUUUCUUGAUGCAUUCUUUACAACAUGGCCAAGCUUAUUUCCUGGUACCGAGACAGACAUGAACUGGCUUUCUUGUGUGGCACCGUAUACGGUCGAUUGUUUCUUUUUUACUUAUUGAUUUCUUGUAUAAUUAGAUUAAAUAUAAGUUAAAAAAACAAAAAAUAUGUUGGACUCGUCAGAUAUUUUGCUUUCUUGUCGAUUCUUGCUCGCCUGAAGACAAACCUUAUCUAACAAAACAAGCCAAAUCUUUGAUUAGAGAUCAA